ACAAGAAAUUCCAGUAAUAGAGGAAGCAAAAGCAGAAGCAGAGUAUCUUCUUCUCCUUGUGCGGUCUCUACUUUCUCUGCGUUCUUUGUCUCCGAGUUGACUCAGCGCCAUGGACGACCAACAACCCAACAACAACAACAACCACAGCCAAGCUUCCGACAGCGACACCGACCCUUUCCUCCUAAACUACACAACCUCGGAUCUCCGAACAGCUUCGGAGUUUCUGGCCACGUGGCUCCCUUUCCUCUCGCGAGAUCUCUGCACCCGCUGCACCCAAUCCCUCUCCGAUCGCAUCCGCUCCAUCGACCCAGGGUCACGAAACGACACCGCCGAAGAGGCGAACGACGGCGAAGACAACUGCGACAACCAUUCCCUCGGGAGCUGGAAGGACGGCGUCGCGGAGCCCAAUUCCGGCGUGGGGGCCCCCAGCGCGCGGCUUUCUUGGGCCGACAUGGCCCAAGAGGACGACGAGUUCGGCGAGGAGGAGCAUGGCAAUGGUGAAAACGGUGGGAGCGUUGUGGUGGCGAAUUCGAGUGUUGGUGAUGAGGGUAAAGUGGUUGCUGAGAAGCCUACUUUGCCUAGGGAGCAGAGGGAGUACAUUAGGUUCAUGAAUGUGAGGCGCAAGAAGGACUUCAUUUGCUUUGAGAGGGUUAAUGGGAAGCUUGUCAACAUUCUUGAAGGGCUUGAACUCCACACCGGGAUUUUCAGCGCUGCUGAACAGAGGAGGAUUGUUAAUUAUGUUGCUUCACUGCAGGAGAUGGGGAGGAAGGGGGAAUUGAAAGAACGGACAUUUUCAGCUCCUCAAAAGUGGAUGAGGGGCAAGGGACGUCAAACCAUCCAAUUUGGGUGCUGCUACAAUUAUGCUGUGGAUAGAGAUGGUAACCCACCUGGUAUUCUUCCUCGUGCUAUGGUUGAUCCUAUACCUGAUCUUUUCAAGGUCAUCAUUCGGCGCCUGAUCAAGUGGCAUGUACUCCCUCCUACUUGUGUGCCAGACAGUUGCAUUGUUAAUAUCUAUGAAGAAGGGGAUUGUAUACCUCCACAUAUAGAUAAUCAUGAUUUUGUUCGGCCAUUUUGCACUGUCUCAUUUCUUAGUGAGUGCGAUAUAGUUUUUGGAUCAAACUUGAAGAUUGUAGGCCCGGGUGAAUUUGAUGGCUCGAUUGCUAUUCCGUUACCUCUGGGAUCUGUACUUGUCUUAAACGGGAAUGGAGCUGAUGUAGCUAAGCAUUGUGUGCCUGCAGUUCCUACAAAAAGGAUAUCAAUCACAUUUAGAAAAAUGGAUACAUCCAAGCGCCCUUUUUCGUAUGUUCCAGAACCUGAUCUUCAGGGGAUCCAACCAUUGGCCUAUGAAGCUGACCAGGUCCACCAGGAAAAGAAAUCAAGUGGGCACCGACCUAGUCGUCAUACGAAGAGAUAUAAAGACAGGAGAGGAGGUGGCAGGAACGAUGCAAUGGGAUCUGCCCGUAGAAAUGAUAGGUUCUCAGAGCCCCGUGACUCAAACCUAAGUACACCAAGAUCCGGAAAUAGGUGGAGUAGGGUAAAGCCUGGUAGUUGACGGAUCCAAGGUUCCUCUUGGUUCACAGUUUUCUGAUCUUAACAACCAUGUGUUGGUUAUGUUCAUGGAAUCCUUUACAUAUCAACAAGCUUGUUAUGGAGAUAUCUACACUUUGGGAAUGCUUUGCACAGCAGCAAUUUUACCAUCAGUGUAAGCACAAGUUGGUCAGUUGAGGGUGCUGCUUUGGAAACUUUAUUUCCUAAGCCUCAGGCGCUAGUGUAUAUUUGAGUGAACUUUCAAGUUAAUAAUGGUUGCAAUUUGGUGAGAAGUUAUUGUGAUUCAUCUGUUUUUUAGUACCAAGCUAAAAUGUGGCUGGGGUAUAUAAGGCAUUUUGAUAUAUAUUAUAAGCUUGAUAUAUUAUACAGUACUGAUGAUUAAAUAGAAAAUAUUCAUUGUUGAGGUAA